AUGAAAUCGAUGCGACCUGGGGAAGCCAACAAGCGAGGAAACGUUGCGACCGCGCGGAUUGUGCCAGCACUUCUACUCGGGAUCAUCGGCUACUCGUCGUGGGUCGUGACGAAGCGUGUCUGCAUCGACUAUCUCUUCCAUCCACGCGCUCGAGCUUCUGGGACCGUCCAUGCGCAGACCGGCGACGCCAUUGCCAUUCUUACCAUAUUUUAUCUACUGCUACUUAUCACUCUGACUUGUUUUGGCCGGCUGCUGCAGACGAUCGUGACCAACCCAGGCUUCGUCCCACGCGGGGCGCAGUGGUAUAUUGAGAAGGAGAGGCGUCUUCGCGAAGCGCAGAGUGCAGGACAUAAAGAGGAGGCACUGGAAUACGGCGCAACCGAGGGCUAUACGCCGUCACAGCUUCGCCGGGAUCGACAACGAGAGGAUUUCCCGGUCCAGGACUUCUGGCACAAGGAUGUUUUCGUGUGUGGAUGGGACGGCCGUCCCCCGUUCUGCUCGACCUGCUACAACUAUAAACCGGACCGAGCGCACCACUGCCGCGAACUCGGGCGCUGCGUGUUGAAGAUGGAUCACUUUUGCCCCUGGGUCGGUGGCAUCGUCUCCGAGACCUCUUUCAAGUACUUUAUCCAAUUCACUUUCUGGGCCGCUCUUUUUUGUCUGGACAUCUUGGUGGUCAUGGCGUAUUACUUUGCGCAGCGUCGCCGGGACGAGGGGUUCAUUAAUGUCCAUUGGAUUCUGGCUUUGGCCUUUGCUUCUCUCUUCUUCAUUUUCAGCGCAGGCAUGUGUGGAUCCAGCCUACAGUUCGCAUUCGUCAACUCGUCCACCAUCGAGAAUCUCACGCGCAGAACCAAGGUUUGGUACUUGGCCGUGUACCUUCCCACACGGGUGUUGGAGGGAUAUCAGUCGUCGGGUCGGACUGAUCUGCGAUUGAUUGAAUAUCCACGGCCGCCGUCGGAGCAACUGCAACUCCUCCAGCAGCACGGUGCGAAAGUGAACGACAGUCAGCAGAGCGUUGCUUGGGAAGGCUGGAGUCCGAGCGAUCCUACGAUUCCAGUCGCGGCUCAUCAUCAACAAACAACACGGCCUGCUGUGUCUAUAAGUGCUGUGACGCCAGGCGAGAAUGAUCCUAGACCGCCACAGUCACAGCCAGACUGCUCCUUCUCUCCAGGUGGGCCGGUGCGCGUCGAGAAGCGCACAUUCUCCAUCCUCGAGACCGCUCCCGGUGCAAACCCUUUCGACAUCGGGCCGUUGAAUAACUUCAAGGAGGUCAUGGGCUACACUGUGCUUGACUGGUUUCUGCCUCUCCGUCCAUCUCCGUUGGUGGACCAUAGCGAUCCAACCAGCAUGUAUAAACUCGGUCCUGUCGUGGCGCGGAUGAAGAACAAAGCGGGCAUAACCGAUGGACUUCAUGAGAUGGAUCCUGAAGAUGAUCCUACUCGGCACGGCGAGAGUGGCAAGGAACAGACAAGACAGAAACGAGGCAAGAGGAGGCAUCGAAGGACGAGGAGGUCACAGGCCAGUGUGGACCAUGCUGCCAGAGGGGUCGAAGUUUGA